AUGUCUUCAAACAGUAUCGGGUCAACACAAUGGAUGCCAGAAGUGCGAUGUUGGUGCGGCGAAGUGGCUCCGGUUAAAAUGUCGUGGAGUAAUGUGAAUCCAGGGAAGAGAUAUAGAGCUUGUCCACAUUAUGGAGGUAAUCGCAGUUGUAGGUUUUUUGAAUGGAUUGACUCCGAUGUCUCCGAGCGUGUAUCCAGAGUUAUUAGAGGGCUAUUGAAGAGGUUGGAUAACAAGGACAGUGAAAUCCAAAAGCUACAAACAAUGAUUGAAAAACAAAAUGGUGUGAUUAAGAAGAUGAAAUGGGUAAAUGGCAAAGCAAAUUGGCUAAAUGGCAAACUGCUUACUGGCAAAGCAAAUUUGCUAAAUGGCAAACUGCUUACUGGCAAAGCAAAUUGGUUAAAUGGCAAAGUGUAA